UUUCCUUCAGAAACCCAGAUGCAAGUUUUCCUUUAUAUAUAGCAGCACACAUUGCCUUCAUUCAUUCCCACACCUAUCUUAUCUCUUCAAAAUACCAAACAAAGAUCACAGUAUGGCUUUGACACUGCGUUCUUCAACUUCUUUUAUCAAUCUAAGAGAUGCAAGAAGUUUCAAAACUCUUGAUGAAUUCUCCAGCAUGGUUUGUUUUACACAAAUCAGGCCAUCGUGCCGCCUCAAAGCCAAGAGUUCGAUGCAAGAAACUCAACUCUUGCAUGAAAAAACCUUGAAUCUGGAAGACAGGAGAAGCGACAAGUGGGAAAAGCUCCACGGGCUAACGGAAGCACACGGAAAGAGCGAUUCCAGGGUGCCUGUGUUUGUGAUGCUGCCACUAGACACCGUAUCGUACGGGGGCCACUUGAACAAGCCGAGAGCGAUGAAUGCCAGCUUGAUGGCACUAAAAAGUGCAGGAGUUGAAGGAGUGAUGGUCGACGCUUGGUGGGGAUUGGUGGAGAAAGAAGGGCCGUCCAAGUACAACUGGGAAGGGUAUGCUGAGCUUGUAAAGAUGGUGCAAAAGCAUGGGUUAAAGCUACAAGUUGUUAUGUCGUUUCAUCAGUGCGGAGGAAAUGUUGGAGACUCUUGCAGCAUUCCUCUACCCCCAUGGGUGCUUGAAGAAAUCAGCAAAAACCCUGACCUUGUCUACACAGACAGAUCAGGCCGGAGAAAUCCCGAAUAUAUCUCCUUGGGUUGUGAUUCAUUACCUGUGCUUGGAGGAAGAACACCCAUCCAGGUCUACUCUGAUUACAUGAGAAGCUUCCGCGACACAUUCAAGGAUUACCUGGGGGACGUUAUUGUGGAAAUUCAAGUAGGUAUGGGCCCUUGCGGAGAGCUCAGAUAUCCAUCCUACCCAGAAAGCAAUGGAACUUGGAGGUUUCCGGGAAUUGGAGAAUUUCAGUGCUAUGACAAGUACAUGAAGGCUUCACUUCAAGCAUCUGCAGAGACAUUGGGGAAAACUGACUGGGGAACGAGUGGGCCUCUUGAUUCCGGUCAGUACAACCAAUACCCAGAAGACACUGCCUUUUUCCGAAGAGAUGGAAUUUGGAACAAUGAGUAUGGACAAUUCUUCCUAAAGUGGUACUCUGGGAUGCUACUAGAGCAUGGAGACAGAAUCCUAGCAGCUGCAAAAGGAAUAUUCCAAGGAACUGGAGCUAAACUAUCUGGAAAAGUGGCUGGGAUUCAUUGGCACUACAGAAGUAGAUCCCAUGCGCCCGAACUGACUGCUGGAUACUACAACACUAGACAUCAAGAUGGUUACCUACCAAUAGCACGGAUGAUGGGUAAGCAUGGAGUGGUACUGAACUUCACAUGCAUGGAAAUGAGAGAUGGAGAGCAACCCGAGAAUGCAAACUGCUCACCAGAAGGGCUAGUUCGGCAAGUAAAGAUGGCAACAAAAGCUGCAAAAAUAGAACUCGCUGGAGAGAACGCGUUGGAGAGAUACGACGCCGGUGCGUACGCACAAGUUUUGACAACAAGUAGAUUGGACUCUGGGAAUGGAUUGAGUGCAUUUACAUACUUGAGAUUGAAUAAGAGGUUGUUUGAUGGGGAGAAUUGGAGGCACUUGGUGGAAUUCGUGAAGAGCAUGUCAGAAGGUGGUCGGAGCACAAGACUUCCGGAGAGUGACACAAGCAGAACGGACCUUUUUGUUGGAUUCAUAAAGCAGAAAAAUGCGAGCAAGACAAAGGAGGCCGCUCUUGUGUAAAGUAAUGUAUAUAUGCAUGUUCAAUACCAAAUCGUCUAGUGUAACUACUAUGUACAUGGAGAGAAAAAGGAUCGAAAAUACGGUAUAUUCGACAUGCUUAGCUAUGCUUUGAAGCUGGUUCACAACAAAAUAAAGAAAAUUGUAUUUCGUAUCUAGAGAUCAUUAAAUCAGAAAACUUCAAUAUACUCCUAUCUUUAAUAUGA